AUGGCUCUGUGCUACUAUCGCUGGCGGAGAGUGUUGAUCUGUGUGUGCACACCAUGCAUCUCCCUGGCCCUGCUGUUGGUCUACGUUACCGUCAUGUUGUGUAUGGCCACGAAUGGAACAACAACUUCGGGCCUGGACGCUGUUCACUUCGUUGCCUCGGAAAACAACCCUAAAACUUUCUGGGAGCUCCACCUGCAUGGGGACACCUUUUGGAACCGUCUCCAGCGGACCCUGGACAACCAUUUCAACCCCAUCCUGUGCCCCAACAACACCAAGAGGGGAUUUGAAAAUGGUACAUUUAAUGAGUCCCUCCUGACGCAAGGUUUCUCUAAAGUUAUCAACUCGGACAGCGCGAGGAGAAACUUUGACCAGCUACCACAGCAGAUACAGGAGUUUAUAAGCCACAUGCAAAGGAGAGACUACCCAGCCCUUCUCCAGCCAGAUGGAGUGUGUGGAGCUGGGACAAAGGAAGAGAAGGAGGCCCCGCUGCUUCUCCUGGCCAUCAAGUCAACAGGGCAGAAUUUUUUGAACCGGCAGGCCAUUCGACGGACCUGGGGCCAGGCAGGAUGGUUAGCAGGAUCGAAGAGGAACGGAAAUGGAGGAGAAGGUGGAGGAUACGUCCGUAGGGUGUUCCUGCUAGGCAAAGGAAGUACUGAGGAACUGGGUGUGAACGCAUCUGCGUUAUUGCAGAUGGAGAGUAAACAGUACAGAGACAUUCUGCAGUGGGACUUCAAGGACACAUUUUUCAACCUCACCUUAAAAGAUGUGCUCUUCUGGAGCUGGUUCAAACGCUCGUGCGGCCGGACUCACUUCAUCUUUAAGGGGGACGAUGACGUCUUCGUCAACACCCCCAAAAUGAUAAGCUACCUCCGGGACCAGCUAAAGAAGCCACAAGCACACAAGACACUACGAGACUUCAUGGUCGGAGAUGUCAUAGAUGCAGCUCUACCGAUCAGAUUCAACAAGUCCAAGUACUUUAUCCCAGACAGUUUCUACAAGGGCUUCUAUCCUAUGUAUGCAGGCGGUGGAGGGGUGGUGUACUCAGGACUGUUGGCCAAACGCCUACACGACGUGUCUAAAAGGCUUAACCUGUUCCCCAUCGACGACGUUUAUGUGGGGAUGUGUAUGGUUCGGCUCAACGCUCACCCAGUCCACCACCCUGCCUUCCUCACGUUUGACUUUCCUGACAAGGAAGAGCAGGAGCUGUGUUCCUAUCACACAAUCCUAUUGGUCCACAAACGAAGCCCUGACGAGGUAGUUAAACUGUGGGCCCACGUGAAAAAGACACAGGCACAGUGUUGGGAUGUGCCCCUGAGAGAGGCAAACAACGAUUUUGCCACGACGGUCUGA